AGCAAUUUUGGAGCAGAGCAGUUUAGGAAAAUAAAGUCUUUUUUGUGUAAAUAACUGCUGCACUGCCAGACUUUCACAAUGAGGCGUCCCAAGAAGUACGAGUCCGGUGAGGCCACACAAUAUAUAAGCCGGCGUGCAGCACUGCGCAAGUUGCAGCUUUCGCUGAAUGACUUUCGCCGCUUGUGUAUUUUAAAGGGAGUUUAUCCACGCGAACCAAAGCAUCGAAGACGUGCACAGAAGGGCUCCUCGGAGAUAAAGAUAUUGUACCACACCAAGGAUAUACGCUUCCUGCUACACGAGCCCAUAGUGUGGACGCUGCGUGACUAUAAGAUCUUUGCUAAGAAAUCGGGUCGGGAUCGUGCUAUUAAGGACUUUCGCAAUCUGAAGCGUCGCUUGGCCUUGUUUCCCGAAAUCAAACUUGAUCACAUUGUGAAGGAACGCUAUCCGACAUUCAUCGAUGCGCUGAAGGAUCUCGAUGACUGCCUCACUUUACUCUUUCUGUUCAGCACAUUUCCGUCCUUGCACUUGAUACCGCGAGAGCAGUCGAAUCUUUGCCGUCGAUUGACCAUCGAAUUUUUGCAUUAUGUCAUUGCCUCCAAGUCGCUGCGCAAGGUGUUCAUAUCGAUAAAGGGCUACUACUUCCAGGCCGAGAUCAAGGGCCAAAAGGUCACAUGGAUAGUGCCGCACUAUUAUCCGUUUAAGCCGCAAUCCAGGCAGGAGGUCGACUUCAAAGUCAUGUCCAUAUUCGUGGAGUUCUACACAAUUAUGCUGGGCUUUACGAACUACCGCUUGUACCACGGGCUCAAUCUGGCGUAUCCACCACAGUUUCCUUCUAGCAUGCUGCAAGAUAAUGAAGACACUUUGAAAGAUGAGACGAGCUUUGUGUCAGAACGUAUUGCUGCUCUGAACUUUGAGCUGCUGCGUACAGAUAAAGUGCAGGAGGACGAGGAGGAACCCGAUAUUGAUAUGGAGCUGCUAGAACAGGAUGGCGACUCGAAACGCAUUAUCAAAAUGAAACAGGAAGCGCAGGAAAUAGCCCGUCUACGUAAUCUCUUUAAGGGAUUAAAGUUCUUUAUAAAUCGCGAGGUUCCUCGCGAGCCUUUGGUCAUCAUCAUACGCUCCUUUGGCGGCAAAGUUUCCUGGGAUUCGUCCGUCUUCUCAGGCUCUACGUACGAUGAGAGCGAUGAGACCAUCACGCAUCAGAUUGUUGACAGACCUAGCCUAAGUACUCAGUAUAUAUCGAGAGACUACAUUCAGCCCCAGUGGGUCUUUGACUGCGUGAAUCAGCGACAGCUGUUGCCCACCAACAAAUAUUUCCUGGGCGAACAGCUGCCGCCACAUCUAUCGCCAUUUGUCGACGCCAAACGGGAUACGUAUAUUCCGCCCGAAGAGAAAGCUCUUCAUGAUCCCUCGCUGAUUGAAACGCACGCUCAAAGCGAUGAUGAGUCGGAGGAGGAAGAAGCUGCACAGAAUGAAGACGAUACUGUGGAUCAGGAGCUACUAGAUGCACAGCUGCAGCGCGCCUAUCAACAGGAAACAGCCGAGUACAAAAAAUAUGGCGGUCCAGACGGUGUCAAUGAGGAUGAAGAGGACACUGAUGAUGAAGAUUUCGAUGACGAGCAGGAAAGCGACGAUGAGGAAGAAGAGCUGGAUGAGAAAACAAAGCGACUGCAGGAAGAGAAGAAGAAAAUGUCCGUGCAGUCGGGCAAGGUGCACAAGGUGAACAAAAGGCAGCUGCACAAGGCCGAAGUUGAUGAGCAUCGUCUGCAGGCGCGCAUGGUCAAGCCACGCCAUCGCAAUCUGUUCCGCAAACUGAUUCGCGAGAAACAGAGCAAGGAGAAGGAGGAAUGGCUGCUGCGAAAGAAGCGACGCAACAUCGACAACGACACAAAAGAAGCCAAAAAACUAGCUAAGCGGGAGGCAAAAAAAGCAGCUGCCGCUGCUGCUAAUGCAGCCUCGCAACUGGGCGCCAAGUGAAACACCUCGCCUUGUGUUCAACCUGUGUCUUCUUAGAAUUAGUCUAUAACCAACAACAAUAAAAACCAACCUGUAAAUGCAAU